UGAAGAGUUUGCUCUUCUGCAGCCAGCAGGGUUUUUGGAAAAACCCUACGACUGUCUGUCCUGGCUUUUGACUACUUUGGUUUUCUGGGGUAGUAGUAAUGGUUUCAAUAUAGAUCGAAUCGAAGCUCUUUCGUGUUAUAGUUGCCUCUGAUGCCCAUUCUUCCAGGAAGCUCAAUAUGCUAUGGCAACACAACCGGAGCUUGUUUUAUGCGACACAGAUACGGAAAAUCUUCAGAAGUUGCUCCCUUCGCUUCACAUCAUCAUCACCAGCGAUGAUACCUGCACCUAUAUCUGACAAAACCCAUAAAACCCACAAACAUCCUCCAGAGUAUCUUGGCCAAGAUUCAUAUUUGCUCAAGGAAUUUAAAUUCACUUUGACUCCUGAGAUUGUGCACUCUACUUUGCUGAAUUGCCCAUCUGACUUGAUUGCUUUGAGCUUCUUCUUGUGGUGUGCUAAAAGACCAAAUUACUUUCACGAUAGUCAAGGGUUUGCACACAUGGUUCCAGUUGUUACUCGCUUGAAAAGUCGAUACAAAUCUGUGAAAGGGAUUUUGGGGCAACUGUAUAGUGUUUGUUGUGUCAUAAAGGCUCAAACUUUUUUACUACUUUUGGAGAUUUGUUGGCGUGGAGGAAUGUACGACAUGGUUUUUGAGGUAUUUUUUGUAAUGGAGAGUUUUGAUUUUCCGCCUAACACAAAAGCAUGCAAUAUGUUUAUGGACGCAUGUUUCAAAAGAGUUUCUGUGGAUGCAGGUUUGACGGUUUUGGAAGAGACCCGGUUCCCAAAUUUCUUGAGUUUUGACCUUGCCUUGCGUAAUUUAUGCAUGUUAAACGAUUUGUUUAAUAUUAGGUGGGUUGUUAGAGAUAUGCUGCAGCAUGGUUAUUAUCCUAAUGUUAUUUCCUUUGAGAAGAUUUUGAAGUGCUUUUGUAAGAUGGAUAGGUUGCCUGAAGCGCAGCAUGUAUUAGGUGUAAUGAUUACUCUGGGAAUUUCUUUCUCUGAGGCUGCUUGGAGUAUGGUGAUAAAUUUGUUCUGUAAAUUGCAUCAACUUGGCACUGCAGGAUCUUUAUUGCGGAAGAUGGUUGAUACUGGUUGUUCUCCUAAUGUUGUAACUUAUACAGUUUUAAUAAAGGGAUACAUAGAAUCCCAAAUGGUUACUGAUGCGUUUAACAUUUUAUCUAAAAUGCUAGCUGAAGGGAAAACCCCUGACUUGGUCCUUUACAAUGUAUUAAUAUAUUGCUUGUCUAAGGCUGGGAGGUAUGAUGAUGCCCUUGAUGUUUUUAUAAGCUUGUCAGAACAGAAGUUGGUACCUGAUUCAUACACAUUUUGUUCUUUAUUAUCUGCAAUAUGCUUGUCCAGGAGGUUUACUCUUCUUCCAAAGUUAGUUGCAAGGUUUGUGGGAAAUGCUGACAUUAUGGUCUUGAAUUCACUUUUAAGUUAUUAUUGUAAGGCUGGAUUCCCUUCUCUUGCUGUGGAGUUAUGUGUUGAGAUGCUCAACAGAGGUUUUACACUUGAUGAAUAUAGCUUUGUUGGAUUCAUUAAUGGACUAUGUGGAGCAAGAAGAAUCGAUGAAGCAGUCAGUGUAUACCUUCACAUUGGCAAGAAUCAUUCCAAUCUUGGUCCCCAUGUUCAUACUGUAAUCAUGGGUGGGCUCAUCAAAGAAGGUAAGUAUCAUAGAGCUAUCAAACUCUUUAGGAGAGCCAUCGAUGAGAACUACCCGCUGGAUGCUGUAUCAUACAUGGUUGGUAUCAUUGGACUUAUCAAGGGUAAAAAAAGUGGCGAAGCUUCUAGUUUUUAUAACCAAAUGAAGGAGUUAGAUAUGUAUCCCAAUGCACAUACAUAUAGCGUACUGUUGUCAUUUUUCUGUGAGGAAAGGAAUACUCAAAUGGUUGAGCAGUUGUUGGAAGAUAUCACUCAGGCAGGUAUUGAGCUAGAAAACAAAACACUGGCCAGGGUUUCUAAAUUUUUAUGUAAAUAUCAUCCAAAAUUCCGAAUUCUUCGGCCCUCAACUGAUUGAAAUGUGGAAUUUCGGGCUGAUGGCUGAUCAAGCAGUAGAUACUAUGUUGUCUGGAGGAUCUGUCCAUGUUGUAAAACAAAGUGAUCCAAACCAUUCAAUAUUUAAAGGGUAAUUGGAAGAUUAUCCUUUUGUGGAAUCAUCCGAUUUUCUGGUGACCUUUGACUGCUUCCAUGUCUUGACAUGAAUCUUCCAGAAGAAAUUCUCAUGUACCUGGACUGAAACAAUUUCAUUUUCUGGAGCUCUACAACACAUUUGAACUCUAGUAUUAUAAAGGUAUGAUUGAUUUUGCCUAUAUAAUUGCAUCUGCGAGCUUGUGCAUAAAAUUAUUGGAUUAGUAUUUCAAUGGCUUCUUCUGGUGAUUGAAUCUCCAAUUAUGAAGUUGUGAAAAUUUUCAUUCUAUAUUUGGCCCUUGCUACCUGCUUUUGGAGUUAGACUUGCAUUUGUCUUAUACAAGACAAGGGUUAAAAUGAGUAUUAAUCAUGGCCUCAGUCAAUUCAGCAAUGCUAGACGCUAGAGCCACCUUUUCACUUCGUUCUAAAUUACAUUUGUCGAGUGUUUCUUUUUUCUGUCUAGGGCACCAUUUUUUCUAUAGCCAAGUGGAGGUCAAUUUUUUUUAUCAUACAUGCUAUAAUAAUAUCCUAUGAAAAGAAAUUAGCCAAUUUUGGAAUUACUUCUAAGUUUCACUUGAGUAUUUUGAGCAUCAUCAGCCUCAUAAACUUAGUCUGCAUGGUUUUCUAGCUACAUUUUAUUCAGAUGUUUAUAAAUUAUAGGCAUAUAUGUUUCGUUCAUCUCAAUUGGUUAUAGUUCUUAAUUUGUCCCAUUCCCAAACUGCAUGCUUAAAUCAAUACUUCUUCGGGCAGAUGAUUAAGCGAGAAUGAAGUGCAGAAGCAAUGUGAAGGUGACUGAAGAUUUAGAAAUACGUGAUAGAUGUUUCUUGGUGCAACAGACUUCGAAUUCCGGCCUUCCAGUAAUGAAGCAGGUCGAUGGAGGUAGUGAAGUGGGCUCUAAAUUUUCAAGACCCAAACUGACUUUUGAUCAGUUGGGUGGAAAGGGCACAGGGAACCACAGAUCCAUUGGGUGGUAUUCCAUGGAGAUUGGUCUUCAAGUUUUGGUUCCUUUAGAUCAUGAUCUCGAAUCCUGAGCAGUUGCACUCAAGAAAUGAAUUGUCGUUUUUAUCUGUUCAUAAUUUCAGUGGGUUGGAAUUUGAAUCUCUGUGCUGAAAAAUACUAAAACAGAGAUUCAUAUGAACUUGAGGUUUUUCUCUGCUUGUUAUCAAGAAAAAUCAGAAUAUGUUGGAUUGGCCUCGAAGUUUGAAUCCUUCAAA